AUGCCUCGGGGUCAGAAAAGUAAACUCCGUGCCCGUAAGAAACGCUGCCAGACUCAAGAAGAGACCCUGGAAGUAGAGGGUGAUCAGGCCACUGCAGCAGUUGAAGAGGAGUCCAUCUACUCUUCCUCUCCUCAUUUCAAGAGUACUCCCCAAGCUUUACCAGCUGCUGGGUCAUGCACCAAUCCCACCAUCACUUCUGAUGUAGCUGUUUUUUACACAAGAGCUAAUGAAGAUGUCAACCACCAAGAAAGGUUAAGCUCUAGGCAGGCCCAGACCACCACUCAGAAGUUGUACAAAGACAAACUAGAAAUUAAGGUGAUUAUAUUGGUAUAUUACCUGCUGUACAAGUAUCAAAUGAAAGAGCUCGUUACAAAGGCAGAAAUUAUGAAAAAUAUAAUACAAUUUCAUAAGAAUCACUAUUCUGAAAUCCUUAGGAGAGCCUCUGAGAACCUUGAGCUGAUCUUUGGCCUUGACUUGAAGGAAAUAGACCCUAACAGGCAUAUAUAUGUCCUCAUCAACAAAUUGGAAUUAAGCUGUGAUGGGAAUCUGAGUGAUGACAGAGGUAUGCCCAAGACAGGUAUUCUGAUGACUGUCUUGGGUGUAAUUUUCACGAAGGGCAACUGUGCCACUGAAGAGCAAGUCUGGGAAGUGUUGAAUGCAUUGGGGUUAUAUGCUGGCAAGAAUCACUUCUUCUUUGGGGAGCCCAGGAUGCUCAUCACCAGAGAUAUGGUAAUGCAAAAGUAUCUGGAGUACCAGCAAGUACCCAACAGUGAUCCUCCAAAUUAUGAGUUCCUGUGGGGUCCCAGGGCUCACGCUGAAACAAGUAAGAUGAAAGUCCUGGAGUUUUGGGCCAAGGUCCAUAAUACCAUCCCCUGUGCCUUCCCAUUCCUGUAUGAAGAAGCUUUGGAAGAUGAAGAAGCGAGAGCUCGAGCCAGAGUUGAAGCCAAGGCUCAAAUUAGUGCCAUAGCCAGUGCACGUUCCAAGGCCACACCCAGCAAGCCCAAGUCCAAAAGCUUUUUCUUUUUCAAGUGA